GGAAAUGUUCAGUCUGGGACAGUCAUGGCUAUGGGAUAGAGAAUCAUUGAACCCGUAUUCGGUUCCUUUGAGAGCCAGGAAACACGGACCGGAGCCCGUAACUAGUUCGCCCCUCUCAAUAUGCUAGACUCCAAAAUCCAACCUAGAUCCUUCCGCUGAUCCUUCCGCAUUAUAAAUUCCUUCCUGCGGAGAGGGGACAAAUUUGGAGUCAAUAAUUCUUCCACCAUCACUCGAACAUCAUGUCGUUCAACCCCAUCCAAGGAAUAGUUCACAAUGAAGGUUGCGAUCUUCACUACUGGUACCAGGGCACCGGCCCCCUGGUCACCUUCAUUCCCGGGGGCAACGGCCACGGCAAGCAGUACAACAAGAUAAUGGCCGCCCUCUCUGACCGAUUCACCUGCGUCACCUUCGACAGGCGUCAAAUGUCCGCCAGCAAAGCCGUGGUCAACAAGCCCCUCAACCCACCGCAGCAGGCCCGAGACAUCCUCGCCAUCAUCAAGGCCGUGGGCUUCGAGAGGUCAAUCAUAUUCGGCAACAGCCUCGGGGGCGUGCUCGCCUUCCAGUUCGCCCACGACCACCCCUCGGCCGUCGCGCAGCUCAUCGUGCACGAGGCCCCGACCUUGCUCCUGCUGCCGGACGCGAGCGCCGUCUACGAGUGGCUGGUGCACCUGAUGGAGCUCAAGGAGGCGGAAGGCUGCGAGGCGGCGGCGGCCGAGUUCGUGACGCGGUUCGUCGGGUACGACGCCGAGGGCGUGCCCGCGACGGCGCCCCUGGAGCCGGAAAACCUGCGGAACUUCUGGGAGAACGAGUUCCACAUCAUCUCGACGUACAUGCCGAAUCUGUGGAGGAUCAGGGAGAACGGGACGAGAGUGGGACUCAUGAGGGGGGUGAGGAGCGGGGAUGCGUUCUACGCUAGGACGACGUACGAGCAGGAGAAGAUCCUAGGAUGCCCGAGGAUGGAUGUGCCGGGGCAUCAUCAGGGUUUCGAAGUCGAGACGGAGGAGUUCCUCCCGUAUUUCUUCGACAUGUUAAAGCUGCUGGGCUGGAGUAGCUCUGAUUAACGCUGUGGCUUGAGAGUCGGGAACGAGUUUGUGGGAGCUCUCCCAUUCUGG